CUCUGCAGCAUCACUAGCAGCAGCAUCCCUUCUCCUCCACCUCCUCCUUCUUCUCCUGCUCCUCCCCCGGCUCAGCCAAUGCUCGGCUGAGGAACGGGUCAUGUGGCCGUGCAUCACCAGUGACGCUACAGAGGCAGUGACAGCAGGAGUGGGCGGGGCCCCGUCUCCUCCUUUUCCUCCUCGUCUUCCUCCGGUGAAGAUGUGAUGGAGCUUAGAUGCUGCAGCUGCAUUCAUUUGUAACCUGUCUCUCCCUCCCUCUCUCUCUCUCUCCUUCUCUCUGUUUGUUUGUUUGUUUGUCGGAGUUCGCCGGUGAACGUAGGGACGCAUGAAUGAACAGGUUAAGUAGUGAGUGAUUGAAUGAAUGAGUGAGGUGAUGGAAGCCGGUACAGCCUCUCCUCCUCCUCCUCCCCCUCCCGCUCCCCCCACCAUCACGCCGGCUGUUCCUCCCUACGUGAAGCUGAGUCUGACUGUAGCCUACACCGUCUUCUACUCACUGCUCUUCGCCUUCGUCUACGCGCAGCUUUGGCUGGUGCUGCGGUACCGCCACAAACGCUUCAGCUACCAGACCAGCUUCCUGUUCCUGUGUCUGCUCUGGGCCGGGCUUCGAACCCUGCUCUUCUCCUUCUACUUCAGGGACUGUGUCACCGCCAACGCACUGCCGCCGUUCGCUUUCUGGCUGCUCUACUGUUUCCCCGUUUGCCUACAGUUUUUCACACUCAUCCUAAUGAACCUUUACUGCGCACAGGUUUACUUCAAGGCUAAGUCAAAGUACACGCCUGCUCUGCUCAAGUACAGACUGCCUCUGUAUCUGGUCUUUCUCGGCAUCAGCCUUCUCUUCCUGGUUGUAAACCUGGUCUGCGCCCUGCUGGUCAAGAUGUCCAAGGCUGACGUCAAGACCAUCGUCCUGGUGAGGGUUACCAUCAACGACAGUCUCUUCGUCCUCUGCGCCAUCUCCCUCUCAGUCUGCCUCUACAAAGUGGCAAAGAUGUCGCUGGCCAACAUUUACCUGGAGUCGAAGGGAACAUCGGUGUGUCAGGUGACCCUCAUCGGCCUCAUGGUGGUGCUGUUGUACGCCUCCCGAGCCUGUUACAACCUCGUGGUUCUGGCUCUGACUGACAUCCAGACCAUUAACUCCUUUGACUAUGACUGGUACAAUGUCUCAGACCAGGCCGACCUGCGCUCGUCAAUGGGAGACGCGGGUUACGUGGUGUUCGGGGUGAUUCUGUUCGUGUGGGAGCUGCUGCCCACCUCGCUGGUCGUCUUCUUCUUCAGGGUGCGACGGCCGCCUCAGGACCGGACCAACCCUGGGAUACCAAACCACAUACUUUCGUCCCGUGGUUACUUCUUUGACAACCCUCGUCGAUAUGACAGCGAUGAUGACCUAGCGUGGAGCAUUCCUCCCCAGAAUGCAACAGCAAGUCUCUCCUCCGACUGCUACGACUGGGGCAGCCGCCACAGCAGCUUUACCGUGCACAUGGGCAAUGACGACCAGCGCCUGAUGCCGCCACCGGAGAGCUUCACCCAUACCCAUAACUCUGCCUCCAAAACUGGAGGCUUCACUUUGCACUUUGACAACAAUCACUUUAUGUUUGUUAGAAAAAACAGACACAGCAACAAAUGUACGUACUGUAAAAAGAAAAAACGGAAAGAUUAUCGAAGUCUAAGCACAGUUCCUACACAGAUUAUAGAACAGCUGUGUGGGUGGGGCUCUGCUCUGACUGGCAACUGGUAUCGUCCAAUCAGCAAGCGGUCGAAGGCAUAGACGUGACAAGCUAUCAGGCUACACAUAUUAUAUUUUAAUAAUAAUAAAUAUCUCAAAUGGCCCUUUGGUCAAGGAGUUUGGCUUGAUGUGAUUGACAGCUCUUUAAGUAAGCCCCGCCCCUCAGUUCUUCCCGAUAUCUGUAGUGCAUUCCAGUUAUAACAAUAAUUUUAGAGAUACCAUUAAAUUGGUACGUGAUUUAUAGAAAACAAAGCCUUAGAAAUGUUAGCUAAGGAUGCUAUCCAGCCAGGUAACAGUAUGAUAAAUGUUAAAGAAUAUUUCAUAAGUAAUUUAAUUCUAAUCUAGGUAUACCUGAAGGCAAGCUAAACUAGCUUAAUUUAAUAGCAAUUUGAGAUAAAUAAGAUCAUCCUAGAAUUUUAUUUAAUACGUGUUUGGCCAAACGAACAAACACUUUCAUAUCAUUUUUGUUGACAAAGACCAUCUUAUAAUAAUCGUAUCAUACUGUAUUACUGCUGCAGAAGGCCAUUUAACGGACACUUCCUGUGGCUAACUGAGAAGUAUUAACUGGAAUGCACUACUUGCCACCAUUAGCCAAUAUUAGCAGCUAGCACUUUGCUGUUCUAAAUAAAACAUUAGCAGCUGUAAAUGUAUUGAAUCAAAGCUCAUUUCCGGGGGAGAAGCUGUGUAGAAACUGUGCUUUUUCUGUUGUUUCUGUUUCUGUACACACUCAGUAUGUAAGUGAUGUGAUGAAUGUUGUAGAGCAGGUUUCUAUUGGCAUUUGUCAAGUUCUUUAGCCCCACAUUUAGUCAUCACUUCAUUUAGAACAGUGGUUCUCAAACCUUUUUAUACAGCGUACAACCUCAAAGAAUAUAUCUGUCCAAGUACCAUCUGUGUUGGCGAUGAAACACAGCAGCGGACUUUUAUCAUGCAAUUGAAUUCAUGUUCCCGAACUGACCACUAGAGGAUGCCAACGCGACCAUAGUUUUGAGAAUCACUGAUUUAGAUUAUUGAACUUUUUUGAGCUGACUGGUAUGUGAAAAAAAUGCACUUAUUUAACAUGUUUUUAACUAAUUGUUUUUUUUAUUCAACAUUGGAGUUACUUUCUACUGUAGUGUU